UCCGCUCAGUCAAAUCACAACGGGGGCGCCGCCGCCGCAGUCAGAAGGUUGUCUCUAUGAAACCCUCCGAGGGAACCCCUUAAACUGAUCAAAGUUUGGACUCUUUUUCGGAUGAUACCGGAGUGGAAACGCUCGAACAACCCAAGCAUGACGAGUUGUGACGGUUUGCUACCUCUUGCCAUGUCGGCGUAGCGAGAAAAGUCCGGAAAAGUCUCCGUCGUCCGUAACAAACAAUCCGAGCUGUACCAGGGCAUUCGUGGCCGUCGAGUUUUCCCCUUCUUUUUCGCUGUUAUUAUCGGUUUCAUUUUGAUAUUUUUCGGGGAAUGUACCUUUUCCGAACCGGUCUGGACGUGUUAAGGUGCUUUUAAAGUCGGGAUAGCUCUACUUUUUUCUUAUUUGGACUUUGUUGCGUUGCCUCACCAUGUUGCCGAGCACGGCGCAGUACGCGAUGAAGAAACGGAAGAAGCCGGUGCAGAAAACACCCAAGCCGCCUCCGCCCAAUGGCACCAAGUCCAACCCGUCCAAACGCCACCGGGACCGCCUCAACGGAGAGCUGGACAAGCUCACCAGCCUGCUGCCGUUCCCAGAGGAGGUGCGGGCGCGGCUCGACAAGCUGUCGGUGCUGCGGCUCAGCGUCGGCUACCUCAAGGUCAAGAGCUUCUUUAACGCCGUCAUGAAAGCCGGCCCAAACGGCUCCGGCUGGAGCAGCGAGCGAGAACUGCUGUUUGGAGGAAACGUCCAGAGCGCCGCGCCGCCGUCGCUCUCCGCCUCCUUCUCCACGGUGACCACCUCCAUCGACGGAGUCAGCUUCUCGGAGGGAGACCUGCUGCUGCAGGCGCUGAACGGCUUCGUGUUGGUGGUGACGGCUGAGGGUUACGUCUUCUACACGUCGCCCACCAUCCAGGACUUCCUGGGCUUCCACCAGUCGGACGUCGUCCAUCAGAGCGUGUUUGAGCUGAUCCACGCAGACGACCGCGCGCUCUUCAGACGCCAGCUUCACUUCUCCUUCAACCCCGAUGCAGACAGCUCCGAGAGUCCCAGUGAGCAGAACAGCGCUGACAUCAGCACCAACGUGGUGGCCUACGACCUCCAGACCAUCCCUCCUGAGAACUCGUCCUUCCUGGAGAGAAACUUCUGCUGUCGUUUCCGCUGCCUGCUGGACAACUCGUCUGGUUUCCUAGCUCUGAACUUCCGUGGCCGGCUGAAGUUACUCCAUGGGCAGAACCGGGUAUCGGAGAACGGGUCGCUGGUUCCUCCUCAGCUGGCUCUGUUCGCCAUCGCCACGCCGCUGCAGCAGCCGUCCAUCCUGGAGAUCCGCACUAAGACCCUCAUCUUCCAGACCAAACACAAGCUGGACUUCACGCCCAUCGGUAUCGAUGGCAGAGGGAAGAUCGUUCUGGGCUACAACGAGGUGGAGAUCUCCAUGAAGGGUUCAGGCUACAGCUUCAUUCACGCCGCCGACAUGAUGUACUGCGCCGACAAACAUCUACGAAUGAUUAGAACCGGAGAAACCGGCUUCACCUUCUUCAGACUGCUGACCAAAGAUCGGCGCUGGGUCUGGGUCCAGUCCAACGCCCGGCUGGUCUAUAAGGACGGGCGGCCAGAGUUCAUCGUGGCGCGGCAGCGAGCGUUGACGAACGAGGAGGGGGAGGAGCAGCUGCGCCUGCGCCAGCUGCAGCUGCCCUUCAACUUCGCCACUGGCGAGGCGCAGCUGUACGACCUGCCGCUGAGCCUGGAAGUCCCGGACCUCUGCUCCGCGCCCAAGCUCCGGAAGAUGGAGGGAGAACCCAGCAACUCCAACUCCCUGCUGGGCUGCCUGCUGAGCCAGGACCGCGCUGCCUACUGCAAGCACGAGAGCCCCAACGGCAUCAGCUCGCUGAGCGACGUGGCGUUCCAGGACACCCACGCCACAGUCAGCGUCCCCCGAGAGCUGCAGGCGGAGCCGGCGCCCAGCGUGCCGCUGCUCCGCAUGGACCCCACCAUCCAGGACAUGGUGGAGACGCUGGAGUCGCUGUUCGGCGACGCAGACCUGAUCGAGGCGGUGGACGUCGGGCCGGAGGAGCUGCAGAGCUGGGAGAACUCGCUGAUCAACUUCACCACCGGCAACCAGGUGUUCAAGGACGACCUGAACGACAUCCUGAGCAGCGACAUCCUGACCUACGUGGCAGAGCAGCUGCAGAGCGAGGGCGGCCUGGCCUUCCCCGAACCGCUGGACAAGAUCCAGAACCACAACCCAGAGCCGGCCGGGCAGCAGGACUUCAGCUGGCCCGUCCAGAUCCAGAACCAGAUCCAGAACCAGAUCCAGAACCAGAUCCAGCCGCCGCCUCUCUCUGGGUCGGCCAAGCUCAGCCACCUGGACUUCCCUCCCAUGGCCUCUGCUGGGCUCAACGGCCUGCAGGUUCCGGUUCCGUCUUCACUUCAGCUGGGCAGCUCCACAAACAUGACCUUUAACCCUUCGUGUCGUCAGCACCAAGUUUUUAAAAGCAGCCCUACAGACUUAACGGACCCGGACCAGAACGCGGGUGGAACCGUCAACCCGGUGUUUAUCUUUAAAGGCUCCCAGUGGGGCGAGUCCAGCCCAGCCCAGAACUUUGUAGAACCAUAUGCCCCGAAUAUUUCAAGUGGCGCUGGCGCCCAGCCGCCGCUGUCCGGGUUCCAGCCCAACCCCACCAUUCAGAACGCCUUCAAAACCCCCGAGCCCACCCCGCUCCCCGACCAGCUGGACUGCAUGUUCAGAACCACCGCCACCGCCACGCUACUUCCCAACGGCGUCAAUCACGGCCAGGCCAGAACCGACCCGGACUCCUUCCACUUGCAGGCCAAAGCCGCCUGCUACUACCAGGCGCUGCCUGCAGGCGGCGCUGUGGCGGCAGCACUGCCAUCGCAUAAAGAGGCGGCGUUGACCUACCAGGUCAAGUCCAACGGCCGGACGAUGCGGCAACACUUUCUACACUUCAGUGAAAACACACAGAUGGACAACCGUCCCAUCGUUGGGAACGGAGGAUUCCCCUUCACCUCGCUGCCCAACAGGAAAACCUGCCUGACAGAGAACAAAUAGGACCGCCGGGACACCUGGACUCCAACUUGGACUGAAACUCGGACUCAUCCGUGGAAAACCGUAAAGACUGGAGCGACUAACGAGGGUUAGACUGAAGAACGGGCGAAGGACAAGUUCAGGUUUGGUGGUGUUGGCUCAAGAAGACAAUCGGGACGAUUUAUCACAGCUGGAGAAAUAUUUCCUCUUUUAUUAAAUAAUUUUUAUGAUCAGCAUAUAUUUUAUUGUAAUACUUCCUCAUAUAGGUAUCAAGAGUCUUCAAAUUAACCCAUAAAAAUGGAAGAGAAAUAUUUUGAGUCAUUUUUCCUUCAGAUUUAACGGUGAGAAGCAACAAAACGACGUGUGGAGCGUUCAUAAAGCAUUAAAAACAUUCAUUUAAAACACUUUUUAUCGCUGGUGAUGCACACAGGCAGUUUGAGGUGGUUGGAAGUGAAUUUAAGUAUAACAGGACAGAAUGCGAGCUGUUUGGUUCACCACAAGGGGGCAGCAGUUACAAACCUGAGUGACUCCUAAUCCAAGUCGACGCCUAGAGGCCAAAGGUGGUACUGCACUCCACAGCUCCACACUCAUUUGUUUCCCAUUUUAGCUCCAUUUAAAAAAAAAAAAAAAGAAAACGACGA